UCUGGGUUGAUUUGCGAUUGAAUCAUAGUUAGGUAUGAUAAUGAAUGAUAAUUCAGUUGCGCGAUAACAAGGAAUUUGAUAGUCAGUAUUCGCUAUUGUUUUAAUAAAAACGUUGAUUAAAUUUAGCCAUAUCGAAAACAAAGAACAAUUUCGUUCCAGAGUUUUAGCUAUUAAGGUGUACAAAAAUGAUAAACGAAGAUGACAUAAAUUCCAGCAAUGAGCUACCAAUACCAAAGAGGUCGAUCUCAACGACAAUUGAAUUACCGCUAUUUCUCUCUAUAGUGGCCGUGACCUUAGCAGGUCCAGCCAUCAGUAAUAUCAUCCUCUAUAGAACGUGCGUGCAUUAUUUAAAUUAUUCUGUGGCUGAAUGUGAGCCAUUCCUUUCACCCGUUAAAACAAACGCUACGGCACAGUUAGAGGAAGAAGUGCAGAAAUAUUCUACGUAUGUGACGACCGUAAAGAUGGUGCUGGAGUAUGUGUUCCCAGCUUUUCUAUCUUUGUUUCUUGGUGUCUGGUCUGAUACAUAUGGCAGAAAACUUUUAAUAGUUUGGCCUUUAUUUGGUUUGACAAUGACGAGCAUCUUACUAGUUAUCUUUGGAAUGAUGGAUAGCUUAGGUCCAUGGUGGCUAAUAUUAACAGCAGUGCCAUUUUCUCUUAGUGGAGGAUUCGUAGUAUUAUUUACUGGUGCCUACUGCUAUGUUAGCGAUACCAGUUCUUCCAGUAGUACGUUAUUAAGAAUGACAAUGAUAGACGCAACUACUUCAUUAGGUACUGUACUAGGAGUCACGUGUAGCACUCAUCUGAUUUUAAAAAUAGGUAAUACAUAUUUACUUUUGCUAUCUGCUACAAUCAGUACGAUAGCAUAUGCUUUUACCAACAUAUGGAUAAGGGAAUCCUUGAACGGUGCUUUACAGGGCGGAGUAUCGAAAAUCUUAGACGUAUUACUUAUAAAAGAAAUGGUUCAAGAAUGUUUGAAAGAAAGACCUAAUCGUCAGAGAGCUCAAAUUUUCCUCCUGUGUCUUGUCAGAGUCCUUACAGUUUUAGCCGUUUUUGGAACAGUCGGUUUGGAGUAUCUUUAUACAAGACAAAAACUACAUUGGUCAUUACAAGAAUACACAAAAUACUCAGCAGUGAGCACAGCAAUGUUGUUCCUGGGAGGUUUCUUCGGUGUUGUCGUGGUACAGAAAGUACUUCGCCUUGGAGAUAUAGUCUUUGCAAUAUUUAUAUUGAUCUCAGCUACAGCGGAUAAUUUGAUAAAAUUGUUUGCAAUCAAAUCCUGGCACAUGUACUUAAGUUCCGGAGUAUCAAUAUUCAAAGGUCUAUCGGGCCCCUUAGUACGAUCGUUUUUGACAAAAACGAUUCCAGUCGAGGACGUUGCUAAAGUUUUAUUUCUAGUAAGCACAGCUGAAAGUAUUUGUCCGAUGAUAUAUCCAGUUAUCUUUAACUCACUGUACGCGAGUACGUUGGCGACUUUCCCUGGUGCUAUAUAUGUUCUCAGCAGCUCGAUGAUAGUGAUCAGUAUAGUUACAUUGGGAUUUGUACAAUAUUUUUCGUGGAAUAGAUCAUCUGCAAAUUAUUCUCCACUUAGUUAUGAUGGUAUAUAAUUCAUCCAAAUUGAAAUAUAUGAAAAGGAAGAGGUUAUUUGUAAUAUGCUCUUCAUAAACAAUUUAUUAUGCAAGUUUUUUUGAUAUUUUAAAUUUUAAUGGAACACAUGUAACGUUGAUUGCUCAAGUUUUUAACAGGUUUUUUGGGUUACCUGUCUAACACGCCACGUCCGAAUUUUUAUUGGACCCUGAUAUAUUCAGCUUUUAUCGUACGAGAUGACUGCAUAAGAUUUAUUUAGAUGUCGACUUGUCGAAUUAUCUUGAAGCAAAUUAUAAAAAAAUAUAUACAUGAUUAUCUAUGAUAUUUAGGAAUCGUCCGUACAUGGUUGUUGGCUGUUGGAUUUUUGGAAUUCCGUUGAUCCUUCUUUUAUAUUUUAAUGCCCUGCAAAACAGGCGGGUAACAACUAGUUUAUAUCGAUACCUCUUAUAUUACCCGACCGUUAGAUUUGUUUAGUAUUGCCCUACUGAAAAAACUACGAAAACUAUAUAUAUAUAAAUGGUAUACCAAAAGAUGCAGUGCGAUUCGGAGUUUUAGUAUACCACACUUGGCAGACGUCUACCGACGAUUUUGCCUGUUAUCAUAUAUCUGUGGUCAUUGUCACACAUACUUGUGCAAGUCUCUUGUUAAUCGUGGCUAACAAAAAAAAUUGAUUGUAUUCAUGACAAGUAUUUUAGAAGCUACCUCUAAAGUAAAAUCUUAUAUUUAUAAAAAACUGUGAUAUUAAAAAUUACAUUUUAUUGACAAAAUGUUUUAUAUUUUUUAUUAAUUGUGUAUGGCACCAUUAAAUCGAUCUCGCGAUAUUGUCAACUGCCAAGAGAUUGUAAACCAUAACAAAUUCUGUUAAC